AUGGGCGACGCCGCAGCCAGCAGCUCGCAGCCAGCGCAGGCCGCCGCGGCUGCUUCUGCAUCGUCGUCCGCCGCCUCGCGUUCGCUUCUCUCCGCCCUGCAAGCCAGUCUCGCACCUCUGCUCUCCUCGCCCCGGCUUCCACGCGGCGCACUCCGGCUGCACGCUCUCUUCUCCGCACCUCGUCCCGCGCUCGAGCUCUUUCCCUUCGCGCACGUCGGCGGCAGCGGCUCAGCAGGCGUCGGCGCACCACUCGAAGCGCGCGUGGAGCAUGUGUUCUGCACGGCUGCGUGGAGCGACGAGGAAGAGGAUGAGCUAGCGCAGGAAGCGCAGCCGAGCGGUGAGAGUCAGGCUGCGUCGCUGGCGUCGCAGGCCACUACAAGCGACGUCGGGUCCGCCUCGACGACAGCAGCCGGUCCAGGAGGACGCACCUCGCGGCUCAUCUACGCGCUCGAAUGCUUCCUCUACACGAUCCCCUCCACGCAUGCGGCGAUCCUCUACGUCUCCAAGCUCGACUCUUCGGGCUGGGCACCGGCCGUGGUGCCGGCUGCCGUCGUGCCUUUCCUGCCUUCGGCGAGCGAGGGCGGCAGUGCGGCGGGCUGCUCUCUGGUGCGCGCCAUCACGAUUGGCUUUCUGCGGCACUUCGCCUCGCUGGAGCACUGGGCCUCGGCACCAACGCCAGUGGAGCACUGCAGUAUCCACGUGCUGGCGCGUGCUCAGCCGGCCUAUCUCUUCCCCUCGAGUCCGGACAAUCCGAGCAAGCACGUCCUCUCGGAUGGCAAGCUGAUUGCCUGGUGGCGAGGCGUGCUGAGCGACGUGGCGAAGGAGCAGAGCAACGCUGAGGGGAGGAACUUCUACAUUGUGCCGGGGUACGAUGAACGCAUGUCGACAGAGCUUCUGCCACUUCCUCCGCGAGAGGGCGACUCUGCUUUGGCACGUGCUCGAUGGGUCUACGGCCAUCCGUACUCCCGAGUCUCCUCCAGUGCGCCUCCUCUGCCGCUUCACCGACCUCACCGCACACCUGCCGGUGUCGAAUACUCCACAAGCAGCGCCUCAGACGCAGCAGCAGCAGCAGCAGGCGCAAUCGCCACGCUCAUGCCUCACUUCCCGGACGAUCCGAAGAGCCGCUUCAUCGCCGAGAUCGCUCGUGAUGCUCAUGAACUGCACGCUCCCGGCACACAGAGCACGAGUGUCGAGAGUCAGAACGAGCCCGACGCCAAGCGACAGCGACUCAAUGUUGCUGAGCCGACGUCUGCGGCCUCCCAACAGUCGUUCGACGACGCUUCACAAGCCACAACCACCAGCGUCGGCAGUAGCCAGAGCGCUCGCCUCUCCUCGAGCGUGCGCAAGCUGCAGCGUGAGCGCGCAGCGCUCGAUGCGGUCUCGCCCGAUGAGUUCUGGGAGCGCAUGGGCUUCCGCCAGGAGUGUUGCGCGGGCAAUGCGGUAGGGGUGUUUGUGUGCAUCUACGACCAGGUCGCUGCUGCCAGCGUUGGGGCGGCUUGCACUGCGGAACCGACGGUGGACAUGGGGAGCGCAGGCAGUUCCACGAGCACGACAAGCUCGGCAGCUCAGCGCAUGGCUCUGGCGCAUACCACACUGCCCGACCUCAUUCGCCGACACAUGAUGCGCGACGCAUGCGACUGGUCCUCUCGGUCCGCAGCCGCAACGCUCACCCGUCAAUGGAACGAAGGUGUCCGGCGCGCCAUCCUGCGCAAGGGCGGCUUGAGCGCUGUGGAGGCCGAGCAGGCAGAUGAGAGGCUGGGAGAAGACGUUGUCUGGACAGAUGUAAGGGUGCUAGGCUCGAGCAAAGAGACGAGGGAGCAGGCGAGGAGGAAGUGGGAGGAGGCCGGCAAACCGAUGCCGCAGAGUACGAGCAAUGAGCCGCCGAAGGUCGUCAAUGCGCUCAGCGUCAAGCGCAAGAAGAGGCCGGCGCCGGCGCCGUGA